AUGCAACGAAGAAACACUUCGGCUCAUCGCCAUCAUCAUCGUCAUCAUCAUCACUCCCGUCGCCUACAGGCCGACUCGAAUGAAACGCCAGGGAUAGACGAAGAGGCAGAGCGAGAGAGGUUGCCAAAGAAAGAGAAGCGAGUCUACAGGUCAUCUCUGAGGACUCAUAAGUCACAUCGCCGUCAAGAUGAUACCGACGCUGGAGCAACCAGAUCUGACCCAGAUGCUCACAGUCAAAUAAAAUAUACUGGUAAAGGCUCAGCAGAGGACGAUACGGUUGUGUCGCACCCAUAUAACUCGUCUCAGACCCAUCGUCAGGCUGUUGAAGAGAAGAGAACACGCACUUCUGACUCUUUGAAGGUAUCUACUGAAGGGUCUGCUGCCAAAAGAACGCCUAUGAGCGAUGCCAAACGAAGCAGUCCGCAGGCGCUAUUACUGAAGAUGUUCAGACCAGCAGCAUCCAUGUCGGAGAGACGAAUUACAUGCUUGACAUGCUUGUCUGAUGAUAUUCCUAUUAAUAAAUCAGCCAAACUCGCAUGUUCACACAGGCUAUGUCACGGCUGCCUGAGGCGGAUAUUCACCCUCUCUAUUACAGACCCGCAGCAUAUGCCACCACGGUGCUGCACAUCAGACCACAUACCCCUAAAGCACGUCGAAAAGCUGUUCGACUACAAGUUCAAGUUGAAGUGGAAUAGAAAGUACAGAGAAUACACCACUAAGAACCGAGUAUACUGUCCUUCUAGGGGCUGUGGGAGAUGGAUUCCCCCUUCAAACAUAUUCACAGAUACCAGCUCUAGCGGUAUUCCUGGCCGUAAAUACGGGAUAUGCGGCCGCUGCAAGGUGAAGGUCUGUUGCGUAUGCAAUAGGAAAUGGCACAGGAGCGGGGACUGCCCCCUGGACGAGGGCUCUAUCAAAUUCGCAGAGGUCGCUGCGCAAGAAGGGUGGCAGCGCUGUUUCAGUUGCUCUGCCAUGGUAGAGCUAAAAGAGGGCUGCAACCAUAUAACCUGCCGAUGCACCGCGCAAUUCUGCAUUGUCUGUGGUUCAAAGUGGAAAACGUGUGACUGCCCGUGGUUUAACUAUAAUGACUCGCUAGGGGGCCCCGAUAUCCCUGGAGAAUUUCGACGACCAAUUCUAUACCGGGAAGAAAUCGAUAGGAGGCAUCAGCAGGAAGAAGAGGACGAAGCUCUAGCCCGCCAGCUUCAGGGCUUGCUUAACCUGGACAUGCCACCUGACCCCCAUAACCCCCGAGUUUAUAUUCAACCUGGGCGCUGA